AUGAAGCACCAUCUGAUGGUCGGGACGUGGACCGUUCCCGGGCGUAUCUACACCGUGCAAUUCGACGACGAGGCCCUCACGCUGGAGCUGCUAAAGACCACCAAUAUUCCCGAGGCCGAGCCUAUCUCCUGGAUGACUUUCUCCCACGACAAGAAGGCCAUCUACGGCGCCGCGAUGAAGAAGUGGAACAGCUUCGCCGUCAACAGCCCAACCGACAUCGUCCAUCAGGCGUCCCAUCCGGUUGCCGGACACCCCCUGGCCCCAGGCAGUGAAACCAACACCCGCGCCAUCUUCGUGCUCGCGGCACACAAGCCACCCUACAACGUGUACGGCAACCCCUUCUACAAGUACGCCGGCUUCGGCAACGUCUUCUCGGUGAAGCCCGACGGAGCCCUGGAUGCCAAUGUCCAGAACUACGAGUAUCAGGAGAACACGGGCAUCCACGGCAUGGUGUUCGACCCCACCGAGACCUACCUGUACUCCGCAGACCUACAGGCCAACAAGAUCUGGACACACAAGAAGGAUGCGGAAACCGGUCAAUUGACUCUGGUGGACUGCCUGGAGGCUCCGGCCUCCGAUGAUCACCCGCGCUGGGUCGAGAUGCACCCUAGCGGCAAAUACCUGUACGCCCUGAUGGAAGCGGGUAACCGCCUGGCCGUCUACGUGAUCGACGAGCGCACUCACAAGCCGGUCUUUACUCACAUCACCUACCCGUUGCUCCCCUCCGGGCUGCCGCCCCGUAACAAGUACCGCGGAGACGUGACCUUCACCACCCGCAGCGGCGAGUAUCUCUUCGCAACCACGCGGUCCAACCACUUCGACGUGACGGGCUACAUCACCGCGUUCAAGCUAGGACCCAGCGGUGAAAUUGAGCGCCAGCUCUUCAUCAACCCCACUUCGACCAGCGGCGGCCACUCCAACGCCGUCAGCCCAUGCGACUUCAGCGACGAAUGGGUGGCACUGUGCGACGACCAGCUGGGUUUCGUCGAGAUGUAUCGCUGGCGCGACGAGACCCUGGCCCGCGUGGCCCGAGUUGACAUUCCGGAGCAGGGCUUUGGCAUGAACGCGAUCUGGUACGAUUAA